AACAAAAAAAACCCAGGCUGCUAAUGAGUUGGAGCUUGGGCGGGUGGGAAGGGAAAACCCUUUCGCGCAGUCCUGCAAGCUUCUGCUCUGCACUCGGUCGCUCCACGCUCCGCUCUCUGGCCUCACCCUCCCCAGACGCUUGGGGCUGCCUCGAUUUCUCCCUCCGCCUGCGGGAAUCCAAGCCCCCUCUCCCCCGCCCCCCGUGCCUGGCUCUUUCUCUCUUCCCCGGGGGGCGGCUCUUUAAUUUCUUCACGCCCGCCAGCCUGCGCUUCAGCGACGCCAGGACCCUCCCGCGCCGCAGCCCCACGCUUCUCCCACCGCACUCGCCCCGCCGGCCAGGGGAACGCCCGGUCCUUGGAUGUAACCAGCUCGGAGGCCGAGUGAAACCGGAUGGAUUUUGGGAGCAUCAUGAAACAGGCGGCUACCCCGUGUGCGCCUCCCGUCACCUCUGAGCUGCCGGCCAACGGGGAGAGCACCGCCAAGCAUGUAGACGCCACAGAAUCCACAAAAUCCUCCAAAAGUGCCCAGCCGCGACGCAGACCUUCCAGGAGCACGAGUGUGGCCCAGACCAUGGAGGACACCUGCGAGCUGGACCUGGUGUACAUCACCGAGCGGAUCAUCGCCGUCUCCUACCCCAGCUCGGCCGAGGAGCAGAACUUCCGCAGCAACCUCAAGGAGGUGGCCCAGAUGCUCAGGUCCAAGCAUGGAGAUAACUACCUGCUUUUCAACCUGUCCGAGCGCAGACACGACAUCAGCAAGCUGCACGGCAGGGUGCUGGAUUUCGGGUGGCCCGACCUGCACACGCCUGCCCUGGAGAAGAUCUGCAGCAUCUGCAAGGCCAUGGACACGUGGCUGACCGCCGAGCCCCACAACGUGGUCGUGCUCCACAACAAGGGAAACCGAGGCCGGAUGGGAGUCGUGGUGGCCGCCUACAUGCACUACAGCAACAUUUCAGCCAGCGCGGACCAGGCCCUCGACAGGUUUGCCAUGAAGAGGUUCUACGAGGACAAGGUGCUGCCGGUCGGGCAGCCCUCACAGAAGAGGUAUGUCCAUUACUUCAGCGGCCUGCUGUCCGGCACCAUCAAAAUGAACAACAAGCCCUUGUUCCUGCACCACGUCAUCAUGCACGGGAUCCCCAACUUCGAGUCCAAAGGUGGUUGCCGGCCCUUCCUGAAGAUCUACCAGGCCAUGCAGCCAGUGUACACGUCCGGGAUCUACAACGUGCAAGGAGACAGCCAGACCAGCAUCUGCAUCACCAUCGAGCCCGGACUGCUCCUGAAGGGAGAUAUCCUGCUGAAAUGCUACCACAAGAAGUUCCGCAGCCCGACCCGAGACGUCAUUUUCCGGGUGCAGUUCCACACGUGCGCCAUCCAUGAUCUCGGCAUUGUCUUUGGGAAGGAGGACCUGGACGAAGCCUUUAAAGACGACCGGUUUCCGGAGUACGGGAAGGUGGAGUUUGUGUUCUCGUACGGCCCUGAGAAGAUCCAAGGGAUGGAACAUCUGGAGAACGGCCCCAGCGUCUCCGUGGAUUACAACACCUCGGACCCCCUCAUCCGAUGGGACUCCUACGACAACUUCAACGUCCGCCGGGAGGACAGCAUGGAGGGUACCUGGGCUGGUCCCCACCAGGCCCACAAAGCUCCGGACACAGAGCUCGGGCACACCCAGGGGCCGCUGGACGGGAGCCUCUACGCCAAGGUGAAGAAGAAAGAUUCCCUCCACGGUAGCACCGGCGCCGUCAACGCCAGCCGCGCCCCCCUCUCCGCGGCGCCCAACCACCUCGAGCACACGCUUUCCGUCAGCAGCGACUCGGGCAACUCCACCGCUACCGACAAGACCGACGAGCAGGCGGCGCCCGGCGGCGGCCCCCCGGCGCUGACCCCCGAGGAGAAGCGAGAGCUCGAGCGCCUCUUGAGCGGCUUCGGCUUGGAGAGCGAAGCCCCCAUGCACAACCGCCACCCAGGGGCGGCGCCGGCCGGCGGCUCCGCCCUCACGGGGCGCCACGUGGUGCCGGCCCAGGUGCACGUCAACGGGAGCGCUGGCACCCUGGUGGCCGAGCGGGAGACGGAUAUCCUGGACGAUGACCUGCCCAACCAGGAUGGGCACAGCGUCGGCAGCCUGGGCACCCUCUCCUCCUGCGACGGCACCACCAACGCCAGCGAGGUUGGCUACCAGGAGGUGCCCCGGAUGGAGAGCCUCUCCUCCCUGCCCAAUGGCCCGUCCAGCUUCGACGGCGCGGACAAGCUGCACAAGGAGGGGCUGUAUGACUCGGAGCCGCUGAUCAAUGGGGGGUACCCGUACAACAACCAGAACACGCUGCGGAGCAUGAUGGGGCGACACCCCCAGCCCCUGCUGAGCCAGAUCCGGCCCUCGGUGUCUGCUCAGGAGAACCUGUCCGACUACCGGCAGCAGCAACCCGGCUUCCCUGAGCCCGGCUGGCUGCAGCCCCGGCCGCCGGCCACCACGCAGCCCUACAUGUACGGCUUUGACUCCAACGACAUGUACCGCUCUCAGUCCUACCCAGCCACCGAGCCGGGCCUCCAGCUCCCCCAGGCGCCGGCACGGAGCACCAGCAGCCGGGAGGCCGUGCAGAGGGGCCUCAACGCCUGGCAGCAGCAGGGCGGCAGCAGCGGCGGGAGCAGGCCACCCUCCCGCCAGCAAGACGGUGGGCUGGAAAGCCAAAGCCCUAGCGUCUCCAGUUCGAGCCCCCAGCCCAGCCCCUUGCAGGCGGCCCCCCCUCCGGGCCACAGCAUCCCUGAGUUCCCCCGGGUGGCCUCCCCGAAGGAGAUCGAGCACUCGAUAGAAGCACUGAACAUGCUCAUGCUGGACCUGGACCCGUCCGCCUCGACGCUGCACAAGUCCCAGAGCGUCCCCAUGGCCUCCACGGAGGACCAGCCCGGCCCGGUGGUCUCCUCUCUGUCUGCCCAGCCAGUGUGGGGCCUUCCUAGCCAGGCGGCUCCUCAGGUGACCCAGCCGAGACCCAGCAACGCCUUCGGAGCCAUGCCGGCGAGUGCGUCCCUCAACACCAUGGGCACUGCUGUCACCCAGCCCCCACCGGCUUCUGAACUGCUGGCCAAAGCCCAUCUGCCAGGACCGCCGGCCCAGGGGGGCCGGGGCGCGGGCGAGCCAGAGUACGUGGGGCAGGAUUUGGGGGUGUCCUACUCGCCCUACGGCUACCAGAACCAGCAGCCGCCUGUGCCGCAGACAAGGAGCUACAGCCGCCCCCCGGGAAGCCCCCCAUCCUCUCCCAUCCCUCCGGCAACAGCUUACAGCCCUGUGGGGCCUCAGUCGCCCCCCUCCCCCGCAGCGACAGCCCAAGCCCAGCAUCACCAAGAGCCUGCCAGACCCUCGGAAGAAGAGCCCUUGAACCUGGAAGGGCUGGUGGCCCACAGAGUAGCAGAGUACAACGCCAAACUGCGGGGCAUCCGGCAGAGCACGAAAGCCCCCCAUCCUCCUCUGCACCGACAAAGAUCCUUCUCCUUCGCUGGGGUGGAGUCACGGGACAAGUCCCUGGAGGAGCCCGGAGCGCCGAACCGAAGACGCACGACCAGCGACGGCCAGUACGAGAACAGUCCCCAGGAGCCCGGCUCGCCUCGGAGCCCCACUGCCCGGUCGCCAGUCCACAGCUUCUCGCCAGAGGUGGUCAGCAGCAUCGCCGCCAACCCGGGAGGGAGGCCCAGAGAGCCUCAUCUCCACAGCUACAAGGAAGCCUUUGAAGAGCUGGAGGGGACCUCUCCAACCAGCCCACCCUCCAGCGGUGGUGAGAUCUCUCCCCCAACCCCUGCCUUUCCUGUCUCGCCGCAAACCCCUUACGGUCACCUGCUGCGCUCCCCACCCGGCCUGGCCAAGACCCCGCUGUCUGCAUUGGGCCUGAAGCCCCAUAACCCAGCCGAGAUGCUGCUGCAGCCAACAGGAGAGCUAGAUGGGGAGGCAGUAGUUGAAUCUGAUGAAGGGCCCAGGAGCUAUGUGGAGUCGGUGGCUCGCAAGGCGGCGGCGGCGGGGGGUGGGGGGGCGCUGCCCCAGAGCCCCCCAACUCCGCAGGCCUACAGCACUGAGACGCCGAUGAGGAAUGGGGCCUUCAUGAACUCCUUCACCUCCCCCAGCCCCAUCUCCACCAGCAGCCCCAUUCACAGCAUGGACGGGGUGUCGAUCCGCAGCUACCCAUCCGAGAGCAGCGGCCACAGCACCGCCUCGCCCCCGCGGCCCUCGCCUGAGUCCAGCUCCCAGGCGCCGUCGGCACACAGCAGCUACCAAAACGCCUCACCGGCGUCCUUCAGCCAGGGGGGCUAUGCAAGCCCUGAAUACCCCGACGGCCGAGCCGGGGCGAGGCCGCAGCCCCAGGUCAGCGUGGUGGGUGUUCACGUCCUGCCGGGGAGCCCCCACACCCUUCACAGGACAGUGGCCACCAACACGCCGCCAAGCCCCGGUUUCGGGCGAAGAGCACUCGAACCCGGCACAGCGGCCGCUCCCGGGAGCCCCAGCCAGGGCAGGCACAUCAUGUACGGCUAUUCCACCCCGGAGGAGCAGCGUCCCACGCUGUCCCGGCAGAGCAGCGCCUCGGGGUACCAGCCCCCCUCCACCCCGUCGUUCCCCGUCUCCCCGGCCUACUAUCCCGGCCUGAGCAGCCCGCAGUCCUCCUCCCCGGACUCCGCCACCUACCGGCAGGGCAGCCCCACGCCGCAGCCGGUGCUGCCCGAGAAAAGGAGGAUGUCGGCCGGGGAGCGGUCCCACAGCCUGCCUAACUACGCCACGGUGAAUGGCAAGAUGUCCUCGCCCGUCUCCAGCGGCAUGUCCAGCCCCAGCAGCGGGAGCAGCGUGGCCUACCCACACACCCUGCCUGACUUCUCCAAACUCUCGCUGCCAGACAGCAGCCCCGAGACCCGGGCCAGCGUGAAGUUUGUCCAGGACACCUCCAAGUAUUGGUACAAGCCGGAGAUUUCCAGGGAACAGGCCAUCACACUGCUGAAGGACAGGGAGCCUGGAGCCUUCAUUAUCCGAGACAGCCACUCCUUCCGGGGAGCCUACGGGCUGGCCAUGAAAGUGGCCUCUCCGCCUCCCACCAUCCUGCAGCAGAACAAGAAAGGAGAUAUAACCAAUGAGCUGGUGAGGCAUUUCCUGAUCGAGACCAGCCCGCGGGGGGUGAAGCUAAAAGGAUGCCCCAACGAGCCCAACUUUGGAUGCCUGUCGGCUCUGGUGUACCAGCACUCCAUCAUCCCGCUGGCCUUGCCCUGCAAGCUGGUCAUUCCCGACCGAGAUCCCACGGACAAAACGAAAGAGGCGGCCUCAGCCGCCAACUCAGCGACAGACCUGCUCAAGCAGGGAGCUGCCUGUAACGUGCUCUUCAUCAACUCGGUGGAGAUGGAGUCGCUGACGGGCCCGCAGGCCAUCGCCAAAGCCAUCAGCGAGACGCUGGCCCUGGCGCCCACGCCCGCCGCCACCAUCGUGCACUUCAAAGUCUCCGUGCAGGGAAUCACCUUGACGGACAACCAGAGAAAAUUGUUCUUCAGACGACAUUAUCCCCUCAGCACCGUCACCUACUGCGACCUGGACCCCCAGGAACGAAAAUGGACUAAAUCAGACGGCGGAGGUCCUGCAAAGCUCUUUGGCUUUGUGGCCAGGAAGCAGGGAAGCACAACGGACAACAUUUGUCACCUCUUCGCCGAGCAGGAUCCUGACCAGCCGGCCGCCGCCAUCGUCAAUUUCGUGUCAAGGGUCAUGCUUGGCUCCGGCCAGAAGAGAUGAGCCGCUGGACACGGGUAGUUCUUGCCCUUGAAUUUUGGAGAAGGACUUGGAGUUGAUCCGAGAAGGAGCGCGAGGAAGUGCAUUGUGGGAGAGGGAAGUGAAUCGGGGGGAAACGGUCUGAAUUGUGGAAGAAAAAAACCCCUCACCCAAUCGUAACAAAACAAAACUAAAGGAAGCGAUGUCAGCGCAUUUCCCAUCGCAGGGAAUGUGACCAGCGCAACGGCCAGGAGUCGGAGGAGUGGAACCGGGUUGGCUUUUGGAUCAGGAUCCCCGCUGGGGGUUUCAAGUGGUGAAUUCAUCCCGGGUCAUAGUGGGAACGUUCACGGCCCUGCCAUUUGAAAACCAGCAACUCUGUUUGCAAAUGUCAGUCGUUUGUUUUAAAUAACCGUGGCUAACUGAUCGAACAAAAGGCAGGUCUGCAGGACCCUCCCGCCCCCACCUCCCCUCCCUGGGGCCAUACCCAUUGGAACAGCUUACCAAGGGCAGUGGUGGGCUUUCUCCAUCACUGGCCAUUUUUAAAUCAAGAUGAGAUGUUUUGCUAAGAGAUCUGCUCUGGUUCAAACAAGAAUGAAUUCUGGGCAGAUCUCUGCCCUGUGUUACGCAGGAGGUCAGACUGGAUCUCAGUGGUCCAUUCUGGCCUUAUGACCUAUGUGCUAGAGCAGUGGUUUUCUACCAGUGCUCCGCAGACCCCGGGGGGUGGGUGGGGGCCUGCAGACUAUGUCUAAGAUUUCCAAAGGGGUCCGCACCCCCAUUUGAAAUUUUUUAGGGGCCCGCAAAUGAAAACAGGUUGAAAACCACUGUGCUCAAGUGAUCAGGCAGGAAAAAAAGGAUGGUCAAUAUCCCUUUUAACCUUCCCUUCUCUGAGGUCUGCAACUCCUGUGUAUAUGAAGUGUGUGUGGGGAUGUGUCAUACAUGUACAUUCCCAGCAGCGGGGUUUAUAUAAAGCCGGUAGCCCCCUAGCAACUCCCUUUGCUCUCUGUGCUGCACGCCACAGCCCGUCAGGAUUGCCUGGCAGCAGAAGGGAGAGAAUUCAGAUCCUCCUGCUCCAAAAAGCACAGGACUAGGCCACUUGAGCGAAAGGGGACGCGCUGGUUAGUGGUAUGGGAUCUAUGACACAUCGGUGCGCAGUUCUGAUUCCAUCCAGUACAGGGCGGUGGUGACGCAUACACACUAGGCAGUUCUUAUACACGCACCGAGUUGCAUAGCAGUUUGCCCUUCACUAACUGCAUUCGGGAGCAUGCUUUCCAAAGAUCAUCUUCACCAGAAAGAUCUUCUGGCCUAUAUACAAUGGGGCCUGCAGUACCUGUCCUUUACCCUGUAUUUUCGCCUGCAGACUGUCACGUGUUCUCUUAAAGACCAACAUACCGGAAGCGGACGCAGGUCUGGUCGAGCCUGCUCUCUUCUCCUUCUGUAGACGUACAAGCGAUUUGUUCAUUGCAUGGACAUUUGGUUGCGCGAAAGGCAAAUAAGUAUAAAGAAAACUCAGGCAUUUUUGGAGGCCACUAAAAGAAAAGACCCUGCAGUCUGUGGGCGGCUUUGGCUCUGCCGGAUUCUUUCAGCUGAUCCAAAAGCCAAGAGAUCUCAUGGCCGGAUUUGGGCCUCAGAUGCUCUGCCCUGCGGUGGCUUGGAGCUCUGAAUGUAUGGUAGUUUAGUAACGACCCAGGAGGUGUAAGCUUUGCCUUGGCUUCAGGAGGCCAGAGGCCCUAGACCUUGCACUGAAAUGCUGACUCACAAGAGAGAGCGACUAGCCUUGCAAAUGGGGAUGGAUGAGACCAAGUUCCCAGCCUUGCAAAUCCCGCCACGGUCUCCUGUCUGCCUGGGCCUUUCCAUAGGGAACAAAAUGGUGCGGUAAAACCAUGCAUUACCCACAGAUACCGGGCUCUUGUCCUCUCCCUGACUCCACACGGGCCCCCAUGGGGCGAUCUGUCGUUAACAUCUGGCUCCGUGUAGCUCGGGUGAGAUAGGAGCCCCCAGAGGACAGUCCAGGCAGUUAAGAGAUGUUUUUCCUUCUCCCUGGGGAGUGGUUGUGUAGUUGGCCAGGUAAAAUUAUGUAGGUUUUACAUAGGGUGACCAGAAAGCAAAUGUGAAAAAUCAGGACAGGGGGUCGGAGGUAAUGGGAGCCUAUAUAAGAAAAAGACCCCAAAAUCGGGACUGUCCCUAUAAAAUCGGGACAUCUGGUCACCCUAGUUUUACACCUUCCUCUGACAGAGCUGGUAUUGGCCAAUCCCGGGAGGCAGCGUAGCAGAUUGGAUGGGCCAAUGCGUUCUUCCCGGGUGGUAAAUCUUAGGGGUGUAUUUUUCUUUUUUUAAUGCUUAGUUCAAGCUAGAGCUGAGACCCAAGCUAUGAACAACCACCCCCCCACCCCCAAGCCCAAACACUCCCCAGUUCUGGGGGCAUUCCAAACCCAGAUCUCCCUGGAUCUACAGCUUGCACCCAGCUCUGGGGAACCCUAAAAAUUUGCAUUGACAACCAAUCUCCCAAGCAUCUUUCUGGAGCUUUUGGGAAAUGCAGUUACCAGCUUGAAUUGCUCAGAUAUGGUCAGAGGUGUUAGGGGAUGGGGGAAGCAGGAGAGAGAGGCCUUUCCUUGUUUGUGCCACAUUUCAGUGCAAGGUUAUGUGAUACAGGCUGUUAAUAAAACCAAAAACCACCCAAGAUCUAUAAACCAGCUAAAAUAUUGCAACCACCUGGAUUCCCCCAGAGCAUUCUGCUCUCUCAUACAGAGGCAGUGUCCUGAUAUAUAUAAUAUAUAUAUGAAAUAUACUGAAAAAUACUGUAAGCUAAUCAAAUUUUUAAAAAGGGUUAAAUUUACACAAAAAUAUUUAUUUUUUGCCAUAUUGCUUUAUGUGUAUCUUAUCUCCUCCAUUAUAUACGGCCCCCCACCCUGUCCACAUAUAGACUCCUGUACGUAUAACUCACCGUAGAGUGUAACAGGCGAACGUGGUUUAUUUUGGUUAUACCAGUGACAUGGGCAAGAGAGCGCAGUGCCCCUUUAGACCCCGCCCCCCCAAGGAGCAACGCGUAUGAUUGGUCCCCCACCUCUAGCCCCCACCCCUUUUCCCUGUUGAACAUGGAAAUUUGCUAGCGCCUGGAGCAAAUUAGCAUGUGAGGCGUGUGAGUUUGAAACCGUUGCCAAGUGACGUGAGGGUUGGCGGCGUGCGUGGAUGUGUGUGAGCGUGUGUGUGUGUCAGGGCCACAGCUGCGUGAGCGUGCGGAGGGCUCUUUCGUUUCUGGAGACCGGAUGAGGGUUAGAUUUGCGUCAGGGAGGUGUUGGGCGACUGGUACUGGGAUGGGGUGGGAGUGGUCACUUCAUGACGUCCGCCAGGGCCCUGUGUUCCUGCCCACCCCGCUGUGUAGGACGUUGAGAUAUUUUUAUUUUAAGUUGUUAAAAAGAAAUGCCCUCCUUCUGCAAAAUUCAAGCAAGAGGAACCCCUCACUUGUAACCUUCUCACCCUGCCAUUAACCGAUUAGACAAACACUGUGUUUAUAGAUAUUUAAAUAUAUAAAGGUAUAUUUUUUGAAAGUCUCUAUUUUUCAGACUUCAUUUUUCUCACAGCUAAAGCUAAUUUUAUUAUUUUUGUUUUAAUCUGCUGUCCUGCCCCGGAAAUUGGGGCUUGAGCAUUAAAUGCAUAUUUUUCCCCAUAAAAUGAACCCAUAUUAAGGCAUCGAGCAAUCUCGUCUAUAAAACGAUCACAGCAGAUACCCGAUAAUGACAGAACACUUGCUUCCAGCUGUGGCUGGCAAUGGCUCGUUGCUAACUCACCAGCUGAAGACAGAAGCUUUAGACUGUCAAAAUCUCUAACGCUACAAUCACUAUUGAUUAUAUUUUUAACACAAAGCUAAUCAUCUUGCAAAUGACAUAAGCAGGCGUUUUCCAGCUUCCAUUUAAGACUUUUUAAAAAAAACAAACAACAGUUGCAUUUUAUGGGUAACUUCUUUCUGUAAUCCCUGAUUUCCCAAGCCAGACCAUCAGCUUGUGUAAAUCGGAGUAGUUCCACUGAUCUCUGUGAAGCUACUAAGCCAGGCAAAAACCUGGCUUCACUGGCCAAGGUUUAUCGUUUUCUUUCCUAAAGGGUCCGAGAAGAUUCUUUGUGUUUUAAAAAUGCAGUCACAGUAUUUGAGAUUGAUGCUGAUGCAAUUUAUCCCAGCGGAUGUAUCCUAAUAAUCACACUGCCGUUUUUUCCAGCAGCGGAUGUUGUAUCUCUCACACACACGCAGACACUCACACCUACUCCAUGCACAAGGAACUGCAUAUAUUCUUGCCAAAGAUAUCCUUUAAAAUGCACUUUUCCCAGCCGGUUUUGUUUUGUUUUGUAAAUUGAUUGUAUGUGCUCUUUUCCCCUCCCCACCAAGAACCCCUUUGCUGGCGAUUUUGUUGUGUGCAUUAGUAAGCUCUGAUUCCCGGAGCGCCCAGCUGAUGUUAAUUUUAUAUAACUCUAUAUUCCAGUAGAGUCGGAGAUUCUUAAAAUAGUUGACACAAGAUAUCCUGAUUUCUUUAGCCGCAGACUGAGUGAUGACAGCAGCAGGUCAGUCAAUUCUCGUCACCCCUCUCCUGGCCUUCCCUUCUCAAACCCCUUCUUCGUUAAAGAACCCCGGAGACCAAGCAACAUGCUAUGGUUGCUUGUGUCUGGUGGCAUUUCAAACAAACUGCUAUAUAUGUCUCCUCCAUAUCUUACUGCUCAGGGAACUCCCUCCCCACCUCCCCCAGAAAGGGAAAUUGGAAUGUCUUUGGGCUUCUGAUCGAAAAGCUGUUAAAGUCAACAGGUGUCUUCCCAUUGAUUUAUGAGCUUUGGCCUAGUCUACACUGGGAGGGGGGGUCGAUGUAAGAUACACAGCUUCAGCUACGGGAAUACCCGUAGCUGAAGUCAACGUAUCUUAUUUCGACUUACCUCCCGUCGACGCGGGAGCAGGAUUGACAGCCACGGCUCCCCCGUUGACUCUGCUACCGCCGCUCGCUCCGGUGGAGUUCCAGAGUCGACAGGGAGCGCGUUUGGGGAUCGAUAUAUUGCGUCUAGAUGAGACGCGAUAUAUCGAUCCCCGAUAAAUCGUUCGCUACCUGCUGAUACGGUGGUUAUUCUGGACGUACCCUAAGACUCAGAAUCUUAAAUAUAGAAACAUCCACUAAGUGCAUUGUCAUCCCUCAUUCCAAACGUCCUUUCAUGGGAUUGGAUCCAAAUUGUGCCUAGCUCCCUAUUUACCACCUGGCUAACCAACACCACCCCAAACUUCAGACAACUUUGGCUCUACGUCCACGGCGCGUCAUUGGCCAUCAUGGCGUUGAUCAGUGAAUAACCCAGAAUCAAAACACUUGAGCGAGGCUUUGGGAUCUCUCCUGGAGCUCUGGUGAAGGUUGGUAUAAAACCAGAAUCAGUUUAAGACAGCGUCCAUUCCUGGAACUGAACCGUUUCUGAGUUUCAGUAAACGCAGAACCUUCCCCACUGCAUCCAUGCCCUCUUCUCCCGUUCCUGGCUGGGGCUGGGAUUGGAGCUCUUCUCCCUGCAGAACCCAGCACAUUCUUGUGAGGUUCCCAUGUCCAGUUUCUCGGCUUAACGAGACUUGGGCGAAGGAAUUGAACUGUUGGGAGCUUAUCGGAACCAAACGAGUUUAGAGAUUUGCCCUGCACUGGUUGGUGUCUUUUCACUCUGUUCCUUCCCCGCCCCCAACUCUGGUAAUGCAAACAGGAACUACACACAUACAACAAGAGAAGUCAACAUAACACAAGCCUCACGCCCUCCCCCACAUUCAUCAACAUAAUGGGGCCACAAUUGGCACUGACUCCUCCCCUCCCUCCCCGUACAAUGAGCUGCCCCAAACUAGAGGUCAGAGCAGUCAAUUUGGAUCCUGAGUCACCUGAAUCUGCAUCUACAAUAUGGACACAACACCCAACACCUUCCCCCAUACUGGGAUUUGGGGCUGAUCUUGCGCUCACUGAAAUCAAGGGCAAAACGCCCAUUGGCUCUACUGGUGCAGAUCCUCAAUCCUUGAGGUGAAUGUUUGGAAAGCACAUGGAGUGCCUCCUUUAAAAGGCACUGCAGGGGUGCAAAGUAUUAUUUAAACAAACCCUCAGCCUCAUAAAUAAUCCAGCUGUUAAAAACCUGCUAAUCAAACUGACAGGAAAAUCGUGCAGCAAAGUGGGCUGGUAUUUUUUGUUUUGCUAACUCGGUUGUUUUUUUUUGUUUGUUUUUUAAAAAAAAUCACUCUCUUUUUCCAAUAUUUCAUUUGCUGUUGUGUUGCUACCAUUGUCGAUUUGGGAAUGUUACAAAUGUAUUUGCUAAUCAGUGUUAACGACCAGUUUAAAAUAACUUGCCUUCAAUUUGCAUCAUGUCAGGUUUUUU